AUGCAACUCUCCACUAUUUUGGCUGCAGGGAUGAUUUGCGAGUUUAAUGGCGAUAAAAGAGGGGCUCGCGCGUGUCUUCAACGCGCAACGCCGCGCGGGACGUUCACUGUCAUCGCCGAAAGAUCGGAAAGCACACAAGCGACCAUGCAUUUUUAAAAUUGCAUAACGAGGCGUUUAUGGGAAAUUAUCGGGGGGAUUAACGGUGGGGAAAGGAUAAAAAGGGAGGUGGUAGGUGGAGGUGCUGCUGGUGGUCGCCUUCACGACAAGCGUUCACACGUUUUUACUUCAGCCUUCCUCCCUUAGGAGUCAUUAAACGCGCCACAUUGGAUCGUUGUCCCACUUUUUUUUUUAUCGGCGUUUACGCCGUAAUGAAUCAUUUAAGAGUGUAAAAAACCCCAGUCACUUUAAAAGCGCGACCAACUGUUUCAAGGAGGAAUGUGUCGAUAAGGUGGAGCGAUGUAAUGAUGUUGUUUUCUAAAAUACUGUUCUCGUUCGGUUGUAACGCGGUGUCGAAUGACAACGGCGUCCAUUCGGCGUGCACGUAGGAGCCAACUAAACCAAUUUAGCGUGUGAAUUAAAACGUUUUCCAAGCUGUUUGCGAUAAGUGGUAAAGAAGCGACCGCGGAGCCACCUUAAGAGGCGGGUCAAGCGCUUGGGAAGUGACAGGUCAACCAGCCAAUGGCGUUGGCUCACUUGUAAAGAUUGACAGGUGCUUUAUCAAACCAGCGAUCGGAUGUCGCCCGUUCACAGCCAAUAAUUAAGUUGUUAGGGGAGGGCACAUUAGUGUCGGUGAGCUUUAAUGAGACUCCAUUGGAUUGUAAUCAGCGUCAUGUCGGAUUCGGUGUAAACUACAACAGUGUAACAAAAUGGCGACUGUUUAGGUGACGCCACUUUUUAACGCUGACAUUUAUAUGGCAUCUGUCGUGUGUUAAUUUUUAAUGUUUUUUUGGGGGGGGGGGGUAUUUCCCAGCUCGGGCUGACUUCGACUAAGAGAUUCGUGGUGGGACAAGAUCAAGCGCUUUCCUGCUUGUGGAAUUUAUCGUUGCCAACUUUUCCCCCUGAACGUCCGUUGUCCUAACAACCGGGAUUUGACAAGCCAAUUUGAACGGCAUUGUGGAACGUACCUUUUUUUGACCUCGCCAAAGGAUGUGGAUUUAUCCGGUGGCGCUUGGCAGCAGAUGGGAUUCCGCAUGGAUGGCGUUUUUGUGAGGCUCCCGGUCCAACCAUGGUGAAACUCGCCAACCCUCUGUACACGGAGUGGAUUCUGGAGGCCAUACAGAAGAUCAAGAGGCAGAAGCAGCGGCCCUCGGAGGAGAGGAUUUCCCACGCGGUGGGCACGUCACACGGACUGGACCGGAAGACUGUCCUAGAGCAGUUGGAUUUAAGCGUUCACGAUGGUUCUAUUCUCAAGGUUACCAACAAGGGGAGCACCUCGUACAAGGACCCCGGGAGCGCUGGGAGAGCCGGGUCAAUCCUGCCUCCCGUCUCACCAGUUCCGUCCAAGGAGUCUCUAUGGAGUUCCAGUGAUCUCCGACACCUGGAUUGGAAUAAGAUCCUUCGCAGGGCCAUUGAGGGCCUGGACGACACGCACGGUUCCUCACUCAAGAACAUCGAGCGGUACCUUCGGAACCAGGAUGACCUCGCCGAGGCGGCCGACAACCCGGCCUUCCGCCAGCGGUUGCGGCUGGCGGCCAGGCGCUCUGUCAACAGUGGCAGGCUGUUCAAAAAUGGCCCGCGGUACCAGCUUGGUGGGCGAGGAGGCACGGAGGGAAGGAUGCCCAGGUGGUCUUUAGCCACCCCUUUGCUGUUGACCUCGGUGACGCUCCUGCCCCAUGAGCGAGAACAGCUCCGGGUGGACCCCAUCCCAAUAUGCAGUUUUUGUCUCGGCACAAAAGAGUCCAACCGGGACAAGUGUCCGGAAGAACUCCUGUCUUGCGCCGACUGUGGGAGCAGCGGGCAUCCCUCGUGUCUAAAGUUCUCUCCCGAGUUGACCAAUCAUGUGAAGCGAUUACGAUGGCAGUGCAUCGAAUGCAAAACAUGCAGUUCCUGCCGAAUACAGGGAAAGAAUGCAGACCAGAUGCUCUUCUGUGAUUCUUGUGACCGGGGCUUCCACAUGGAGUGCUGCGACCCGCCGAUUUUCAGAAUGCCAAAAGGGACGUGGUUGUGCCAGGUCUGCAGGCCCAAGGAGAACGCAAAGAAGCUGCUUCACAGAAAAGCCGACGAGAUCAAACGCCGAUAUGCAAAACCCAUCGGAAGGCCCAGGAAUAAGCUCACGCAACGAAUGUGUCUAAGCAGUGGUGAUGGCUCCAUGGUGGCACUCGGAGGAAGGGGGUCACCUGGUAGGGGUCCGAAGUUUAGCGUGUGUACCUCAUCCGGUCAUGCUGCAUCUUGGAAGGACGCCAGAAGCAGCUUGACUGUUCCAGACGCCACCCAAUUUACCAUCCCAACCCCCACCUCCACCACCACCACCGUCACUCCCCUCCUCACGCCCUCUUUCGCCACUCCUGCUACGCUUGGCGUUAACAGGAAAACCAAAGGGCUCUUCGAUGGGCUUUCCAAAUUCUUCACCCCUUCCCCCGUGGGGCGUCGCUCGCGAGCCGUAGCCGCAGAGUCGCCCGCCAACAAUCGGUUAGGCUCUAGGGACGAUGCUGGUCACAAGAUAGCGCCCCCGUCUGCACCCCCCGCCCCCAUUCCGACGUCGCCGGGAUUUAGCCCGCCCUCGCAGUUGUCCAGCGGCUCCACAUCGGCUAACUCGCCCCAAAGCUCUUCCAGCCAGUCUAGUGUUCCCUCCCUGGGUAGCCUCUGCAGUAGCAGCCAGCUCAAGGGACUGUUUGACGGACUCUCGCACAUUUACGCCACUCAGGGACAGUCGCGGAAAAAGAGGCGAGCGUGCUACACGCCGCCCAAGCGAACGCAGCAAAAGCGGGAAUCACCUCACGCGUCCAAUGCGCAGCCCCAGCGCCUCGGCAAAAGCGAGUUUAGUAAAAACCGGCUCAGCUCCACGUCGGCCGGGCCGGGCCGACCCAGAGGACACGCUUUUAAGCUAGUCAGUCAUUUCAAGCGCAACCCCUUCCUUAAAAAACACAGGACGCUAGGCAGGCUGAGAUAUAAAGUGAGCCCCCCAAAGGGAGCCCCCUCGCCAGGCAAGGUUGACUUGACUGACGGAGGAGUUAAACCAGAGAGUAACCAUGGCCACAACGGGGAACUGCGGUUAAAGAAGGAAACUCGCGCCAAUUCAGCAGCCAUGUCCGGUGCGCACGUGACCGACGAGGAUGUGCAGAUGUUCAGGAGCGUUCGAGAAGUUGCUUCGCAGAGAACUGGUUGUCAAAGGAACACUGACUCCACACGUUGUCCAGUUGUCAUAGAAUUUGGAAAGUAUGAAAUACAAACCUGGUAUUCAUCACCGUACCCGCCUGAAUAUUCAAGAUUACAAAAGCUUUAUCUGUGCGAGUUCUGUCUAAAGUACAUGAGAAGCAAAAACAUCCUCCAGAGGCACACAAAGAAGUGUGGCUGGUUCCACCCGCCAGCAAAUGAGAUCUACCGAAAAGACGGCCUCUCUGUCUUUGAGGUUGACGGAAAUGUCAGCAAACUGUUCUGCCAAAACCUCUGCCUCUUAGCCAAGCUUUUCCUGGAUCAUAAGACAUUGUAUUACGACGUGGAGCCGUUCCUUUUCUACAUCCUCACAAAGAACGACCACAAAGGCUGUCAUCUUGUGGGCUAUUUCUCCAAGGAAAAGCUUUGCCAGCAGAAGUACAACGUCUCCUGCAUAAUGAUUAUGCCUCAGUACCAACGGCAAGGAUUUGGACGCUUCCUUAUUGAUUUCAGUUACCUUCUCACCAGGCAAGAAGGACAAGCUGGCUCCCCUGAGAAGCCGCUGUCAGAUCUGGGUCGCUUAUCCUACCUGGCGUAUUGGAAAAGUGUCAUCCUGGAGUACCUUUAUAGGCAGCCGGAUAAACACAUCAGUGUUAAAGGCAUAAGCAGAGCCACGGGAAUGUGUCCUCACGACAUCGCCGCCACUCUGCAGCACCUCGGCAUGAUUGACAAACAGGAUGGACGGGUCGUACUGGUCCGCAGAGAGCGACUCAUCCACCGUCACAUGGAAAAACUGCGGGCAGAUCGACGUCGUCACGAGGUGGACCCCGAUGCCUUGCGCUGGACGCGCGCCACUUCGCCCAACGCCGUCCUUUCCGAGGAGGAGAGGGAAGCGGAGAUGGAUGAUGAACAGCUGAAGAGCUGCUGGGAAAAAGAAGAGCAAGCGGCGACUAACAAACGCAGACAAACGCUCACUAAGAUGCACUGCAAAGUGCCCUACAGGACGUACGAGCGGCGCUACGCUCCAUCGUGGAGCAGACGUAUCCAACGGCCGCAACUCAUCACCGAUGAGGAAGAAGCGGGUGACGACGUAGACUCCGACGGCUCGCCGCCUGCCCUCGCGAAAGCGCACGCCGUGCUAGCGGCUAAGCGAAAGAGGAGCAUUGCGCUGAAGAAGCGGGGCCGUAAGAGAAAGAGAAUUAACAGCAGCGUCACAACAGAGACCAUCUCCGAGACCACCGAGGUGCUAAACGAGCCAUUCGACAACUCUGAGGACGAGGACCCCAUGCCGCUAUUGAAGCGCUCUUGCAGCGUGAGCGCCAUGGAAGAAGAGGAUGAAGAAGACAACAAGAGCCAGAUUCUGGCACCUGUUAAACGGCGGAGAGGUCGACCCAGGCUCAGGGAGAAGGCUCAGAGAGAAGAUCUUCAACACUGGAAUGAAGGUUCUGACAUUCUCUCCAAGAGACCCACCAGACCUCGUCCAGUCAAACGAAAGAAAGGCUGGCCCAAGGGAGUUAAACGAGGUCCCCCUAAGUGGCGCCUGAAGAACGAGCGAAAAAUGGGCUUCAAGCUGAACCUUUACACACCGCCCGAAACGCCAAUGGAGGCGGAGCAGCACCACACACAGGCAGAGGAGGCGCAAGGAGAACCGGACCGUGAGGUUGACGGCGGAAGGCCGGCCAGACGUUCGUCCAGAGUACCUUUCCAGUCCGAGCCCCCUAGCCCGGCUGACCGCUCGCUGAAGUCCAGUUCACCCGUUGGCUCGCCUGCCCCCUCUCCUGUUGCUGCGUCCCCUAGCAACAAAGAGGGCGAUGAUUCUCCAGAGCAUCGAGAUGAUGAACAACAAGAAAGUGAGCACGAACUGGACUAUCAGACCAAAGAUGCAAAGUGCAGCGUUGAAGUUGCUGCGUCACCCUAUAAUCACAAGAAGGAGGAGGAGGAGGAACAGAUGACAAGAAGAGAGGUGGAUGAUGAUGAUGGUGAAGGCAUCAAGAAGCCAGCAGAGGCAGAGAGCAAUCAGUCGGCGGUGCCACAAAGUUUUAAAGAAAAACCUGAAUGUUUUUUAGACCCCCAAGAAGAAGACGGUGACAUUAUGUCAAGUCAGCAGCUUUCUAUAGAAGACAAAGCCACCGUCUUGCAAGAAAGUAUUCAGUAUGCAGAGGCAGAAACAAAUGAAGCGUCGCCACCCCCUGCCGUCGAAGCGCUGUCUUCAGGAGCAGCUGCAGAUUCGGAUAAUGCCGCAGAGUCAGAGUCUGAAGAGGAGAAUGCGGCCAGUCCUCGAGAAGGUCCCGCCCCGCAACCACCCGUCAAGAGACCGCCCGUCAGUCCCGCGGUCAAGGACGGUCCCCCGAUCUGCACAGAGUUCGACUCUGAGACUGCGCAGGCUGUUCAGUCCCUGACGCAAGAGAGUGAGCAGGAAACGCUGUUCCAGGAGUGCGCUGAGAGCCGGGAACCCUGUAGGAACUUACACACCUACACUCCUGUCACCCCGCUGGAAGACUGCCCCCAGUCCGAUCACAGCAGCCCACUUUCAUCGGCCCAGUCACAUCCCAGCCAGUCGGUGCGCUCCGUCAGCAGCCCGGCCGUGUCCAUCCUGGAGACCGGCUACCCGCAAAUCAGCCCCGACCACAGUGCCAUCUCUGUCCCAUCCAUCCACAACAUGGAGACCAGCCCCAUGAUGGACGUGCCGUCCGUGUCAGACCACUCACAGCAGGUGGUGGACAGCGGCUUCAGCGACCUGGGCAGCAUCGAGAGCACGACGGAGAACUAUGAAAACCCAAGCAGCUACGACUCCACCAUGGGGGGUAGCAUCUCCCAGGGCAGCUGCCCCUACGGGGGCAUGCCGCCAAGCGGACUGGCUCAGAGCAGCUGCGCCGUGAGCCAGCAAAUGGCGGCCGUGAACCCGGGCGGCUGCGGCUUGAUUCCGCAAAACAGCCUGAGUUCUCCGCCGCACUGCAAUGUCAAGUCACCGCAGGGUUGCGUGGUGGUGGUGGAGCGGCCCCCCAGCGCCAACCAGCACAGCCAGCGCGGCACGCACAGCCAAGCGCAUGGCAGGCACGGCCCCCACAAUCAGCACAGCCAACACAAUCAGCACGGCCCCCGCAAUCAGCUCAGCCAGCACUCGCAACACAAUCCCCUCAACCAGCAUAGUCACCACCACAAUCACCACCUGCAGCACAAUCAGCUCAGCCAGCACAAUCAGCACACGUCGCAUAACCUCCACAAUCAGCACGCCGUGCCGGACGGCGCCACCCAGUGCGCCAUUCCCGCCAACUUUGCCGCCGCCGUGCAGCUGCCCGACAUCCCGGAGUCGGGCAAUCCCAACUUCGCCCUCUACGAGAGGAUCAACCACCAGAGCGAGUACGCCGGCGGGCACUACCCGCAGUCGUCCGGCCUCAGCCUGGCCAAGCUGCAGCAGUUCACCAACACAUUCAUCGAGCACCCCCACUCGCUACCCUUCAACCACUCGGCGUCGCACCCCAUCACGUCGUACGCUAACACCCCCUCGCAGCACUCCGGCCUGGUGUCCCUGUCGCAGACACCGCACCGUGUUCCUAACCCCCAGGUGCAGGCCGCCAUGACGCCGCCCCCCAGCCUUGGUUCGCCACCGGCCGUGAUGCUCCAGCGCAACAUGGGCAUCCCGCCGGCGCAGCGUAUCCAGUCUCAAGUGGCGGGCAAGACUCACGUGUCGGCGCGCUCAAAGUCGGCGCCGCUAGCGCACCACCACCAGCACCAGCAGCAGAUGUACGCGCGGCAGCCCCAGGGCGUGGCCAUGCAGGCGCCGACCCGAACUCUGGCGGGCAUGCAGCGCAUGAACAUGAGCGUUAACAUCAUGCCGGCGCCGGCCUACAACUCCAUGAACAUGCCCUCGCUCAACCCUAUGAACGGUUACGGCAUGAGCCAGCCCAUGAUGAACAGCGGCUAUCACGGCAACCACGCCGCCUAUAUGAACCAGUCGCCCCAGUACUCUAUGCAGAUGGGCAUGAUGGGAACGCAGCCAUACCCCCAGCAGCCCAUGCAGGCGCCGCCGCACGGCAACAUGGUGUACACUCCGGCCGGUCACCAUGGCUACAUGAACACGGGCAUGUCCAAGCAAUCGCUCAAAGGGCCUUUCAUCAGGCGGUAGCCCACCGUCGCUGCGUGUUUCCGCUUUAGAUGCACUGAUCUGGCCUUUGUUUUUAGUCGUUGUGUGAUAUUCGCUACUCACAAAAAAGUUGGAGGGAUUGUGCUUCCGGGUGAAACAUCAGGAAAUAACGCAUUUCCAUUGUUCCAGUCAACCGCACUCAAACAUUCUAUACAGAAAUUGAUUUAUGAACUAAACAGUGCAGGGUUGAAAUAAUAGAGAUGCAUUAGGCGUGACGCUACGUGACUGAACAUUCAUGUAGAAUACACAUGACCACGAUCUGGAAAAAUCACUCAUCAAUGCACUUCCAAUACUUCACUUUCCUAACGUUACUAAGGUCAAAAAAGGAAGCAUGCUUAACCACAGUAUUGGCGACAAGUUGGAACUGAUAGCAAGUUGGAAUCGGUCGCAUUCCCGAUAGACGAUCGUCACACUUUUAGACCUUCACAGAAAUGCUAAAGGUAAGGUAAGAAAAAACUUUUAGAAUUAUUUUUUAAAAACUACAGUGAUCCCUCGCUACUUCGCGCUUCAAACAUUGUCACAGUAAAAUCAACACAGGUUUCAAAUAGGUUGGUACAGGUGGUGAAACAAGGAAAAAGGUGGUGCUUACCAUUGAAGAGCAAGAUGCAAAUGAUAGAAAAACGUCAGCGUGGGGUGCGCAUCCAUGAAGUGGCUCAACAAUACAGCCUCCACAGUUCUCAGACAACCUCCGUUCGCCAGUCUUUAUAAGUUAAGGUGACAAUUAUUAUUGCGGUAACAUCGCCAAAGAAAUCGCCAGCUUUGGCGGGUUUUUAUCAAUUAUUUUAGAACUUGUCCAACACAACAUGCCUCCUGUCCGUCGCAGUUGACGUUGUUCUCAACAAAAUAUUAAAAGUGAAAGUACACUCUGAACCGCACCGCUCCCUCUCCCUGUCACGUCAGCGACACGGCGCGUUUAGGUACAGCACGCAAAACACGCCCGCCACAUUAGAACCAGAUUCGUGACAUUAUUACUGGAAUUACCAUUAUUAUUAUUUUAUUAUUCCGUUUUUUAUUAAUAAUUUAUUUGUUCUACUAUGUGUAAUUGUCAUUUGUAAUAGUGCCAGCAGUAUUCAUUAAGCAUUUAGUGUAGGUUUUUGGGCUGUGGAUCGAAUGAAUACGACCAUUUCGACUUACAAACAAGUAUCUGGAACGAAUUAACUUCGUAUGUAGGGGUACCACUGUAAUAGGUUCUUUUUGCCUGCUUCUUCCAGUAAGUCACCACUGGGGGGAGCAAAGUGCACAUAGCAAAACCAAAGAAAAACGGUAGAGUCCGGAGUUAUAAUAGUGACUUCUUGUGGACGGAUGAACAACAUAUCAGUUUAGAAAGAAAUCACACUUAAAAAGUAGUUAACUUGGGAUCAAGGGACAGAACACUCCCCGCAAGAUGUCAGCCCUUAACUAACUUGCAGAAAUACCACCUAAAACAAACGAUGCAAUACAAUAAGUGCCCGCAGCAUAAGACACUCUGAAACAUAGGCAGAAGAAUAUGUGUACAUGUUUUCUCCGUGAGCUUUUGAAAAAUAAACAUAUUGGUUAAAGUGCACUCCUGUGGAAAGAAACUUCAUCAUAUUCAAGUUCAAAGACUGAUAUUUAUAUACAAGUUAAAAUAGCUCUGUGAGAAAUUCAUAGCAAAGUUAAUUGAAAGUUCAUAUAAUUAAAAAAAAUAAUCGAGAAGUUAAGAAAUUAAUACAAACUAUGCAAUUUUUUUUAACUUGCCUCUUAAAAGAAUCGAGAAUAAUUUGGUAUCAGAAUCGAAACGUGUAAUUGGAACCAGAGCUGUUCAUAUUCAAACGAUGCCCAACCUUACUCCUGAAGCUUUUCUUUCUCACCAGGCAGCUGCAGCUUGUUAAAUUAACGAUGAGUGACAAGGGAGCUGCUUUGAACUUGCCAGACAAGCUUAAAGAGUACUACUUUUCAAAGGUGCCAACUCGUUUAACUCAUUGUGUUGUGUUCUGUGCUGUUCUAAGCAGCAUGAGUUGAUUUGAGAAGACUCAAUCAAUUAAACAUUUAAUAAAGAAUUAUACUUUGGGGGAAAAAAGGGGAAAAAACAUGUCUUACAUGUAUCUAUUUCCAAUGCUAAAUCUAACCCCCCCCCCCCC